AUGAUCACAAGGGAGCACCUCGAAAAAAGGGAAAAGACUCCCAAUGAUCCUGCCUACACAGAAAGAAAGAAAAAAAAAAGGCGACAAAAGUUCAACGCCCCAGGAUGUAAGUAUCCGAACGAUUUAAAAAGUAGCCUCUACAACAUGUGUUUGAAUUUUGCAUACAGUGAUAUCUAUCAGGAAUACAUAAACAGAUUAAGUAUAAAUUGCCACAACAAUUGCGAUUAUGAUCAGAUAAGGCGAAGCACUUAUAUACCUAGAGAGGAUUUUUUCAAGUAUUAUAAUUUCCCCUUUUACGACAACAACUUUGAGUUAGAAUCAGAACAAUUCUAUGAGGAUGAACUUUGCGCGGAUUCGGAUGAUGAUGUUAGCGGUGUGGAGGAGGUUGGGAAAUUCGCUUUGGAGAGAUACGAUGCUUGGAGGUUUAACUCCAGGACUAGUCGAAUAAAGAAUCUCAUACUUGGGAUGCCCGAUCGUAAAGGGGUUAUCCUCCCAAGGGGUAAAGGCAACAAUAGCACUAUCAAUGGCAACCAUGGGGGGGACGGUGGUGGUAAUACUGCUUACAAAAGAGACGACGACCAUGAGGCAGACUCAAAAUCCUACGCCUCCCAAUUCCUCCGAAUUAUCAGUCAAAGGAAAAAUUGCCAACUGGGGAUUGAAAACUACCGCAGCAGUCAAGAAAUGUUAAGCGAAUCGAUCAGGGGGGAUGAAAUCGGAGGGGAGAAAAAGGGGUGCCUCGAAAAAGUGAAGAAAAAAAUUCUCUCAUUUUGCAAGAAACUGUAUGACACGAGAGAUCCCUCCUUCAUGUCCAACUUUAACAUUUACUUUUUAAACUGCCACGAUAUUGGUAAGAAAAAGAUAAUGAACGCUUGUAAUGAGGACUACAUAUGUAUGGUGCAGAAUUUGGCGGAAGCGCAAGGGGACCCCCUCGUUGGGAGAUAUUACAAGGGUGUCCACAUGGUGCAGAAGCAAGAAGUAAAAAAUUGCGAGAUGCACCCCCACCAGUUCGCAUACACCAAACGGAGGGAGGAUCACUUGAAAGAAGAAGACCAAAUGCACGGACAGGUGAGGCACAGUGUGGACGAAUUGGAAGAUGCGAAACGUGAUAACUGGUCACAAGGUAGCCAAAAAGGAGAAAACCAAACGGGUAGCGCAACCUCAAAUGGGUUGAAUGAACAGUGCGGUCUACAACCUGAACGGCAAAGAAAUGAAAGAAGGGUUGACAAAAAAGUGCGAUUAAGCGGAAAUUGGGAUAAAACCCCAGAUGAGGAAGACAAAACAACCAAUUCGAGAGAGCCCAAUCGAAGUGCCAGCAAAAAUAUGAAACGACUCUGUUCAGAAGAAAUUGAGAUAUAUUUUAAAAAAGUUUUAAAAAACGAAAUUAUAAGUUUUAAUCAAAAAAGAAUUAAUAAGCGAGACAGAUGGAGUUCUCUGUGUCAGUUUGUCUGUUCUUGCAUAGGUGCGUCACUAACUGCGCAAUGCUACUUAGACAUGCCGCCAAUCAGCUCUUCUCUUGAUUAUGCCCUUCUGUUGUUGCUGCUCCUUUUAUGCUACCUAUUUAUCGGUUUGCCUAUUCUUCAAAUGGAAUAUGCCCUUGGUCAAUUAUCGCAAGGGUGCAUAAUCAAUGGCUUAAGUUUUUUAAAAAAAAAGUACAGAGGGGUGGCAAUCACCUCGUUAAUCAUAUCCUUUUGUAUCCUAUCGAGAAGUGCUCAUGACACGGUGGACAGUGCGAUUGUUGUUGUUACUUCUGUGAGGAAAACUUUGCCUUCAAAUUUGAACGAAUGUGAAGGGAUUCCACUCAGGGGGGACUGCCUCCGGAAUGGGAAAUGCAUAUGGGUGACGGCUAACACGGGAAGGAAUGACACUCUUAGGGGGAAUUCCCCCGAAAGGAUAUUUUAUCCUGGCGGACGCCUUGCCAUUUUAGACGCACAAAUGAAAAGUAGAGGGAAUGGGUUCAUCCUGAGUGAAAUUCCGCCCUCACGGGAUCACUGCACAUCUGAGCCUAUUUCUGAGUGGCACCAUUUCUUCUCCAAAGAAGUAAAGUUAGCUUGGAGAAUCGGGGCGCUCUUUCUAAUCACACUCACUUUAUAUAUCCUGCUAAGGGUGGAGGGCAUGUGUCUAACUCAAUGCCUGCAGUAUACAUUCUUCCUCUUCUUCCUUGUAGCACUUUUUCAAAUUUUUGUUCUUUCCUGCGAAUUGAAGUCAAACAGGUGGGUUGCCAUUAAUGCAGAGGUGGCCAACUUUAAGGAGGGGCAUACCAGUAGCAGUAUCUUUUUCAGCACCGACUAUUUCCUUUACCUAAACUUCGAAGUAAUAGCAAAAGUAUUUACCCUCGUUUUGGUAUCCCUAAAUUGCAGUACAGGAAUUAACUACCUGUUUUCUUCCUACAGUAAUAUUGGGGAUAACCUUUUCGUGUCUGCAUGGUAUGUUGUAUUGGGCUCCUUCAUCGGGAUUGCUACACACAUUGCACAUUACUACGUGUGUACACAACUGCUGAGUGGUAUUCCCACUGGAGGAGGAACCCCAGACGUAAUUAUUUCACCAACGUAUGAUGAAUCGCCUGAGGGUAUUUCCUCCCUUCAUGAUUUGUUUUCCAAAAAAGGAGAACCAGUUAGCAAUUUCAUCGUUUAUAUGGCUUCCCUAUCAAGAGUGAAGUUCCAACAUAUGAUGAUCUUCACCUACUUCCUGUGCUCCUUGCUGGCCCUGCUCAUAUGCUCUGCUCUCCAUUUGAAGGGGAUAAUACUAGUGCUGAAGGAAAGUAGAAAGUUUAAAGGCAUCAAAAAGAAGGUUAUCACCCUGUUUGUAAUUGUGGCGUAUUGCCUUUUGGGGCUUUUUUAUUUAUCUCCUUUUGGACACAACAUAAAUUUGAUUAUGAAAUAUGCCACGUCCAGUUGUGUGUAUCUGUUUGUUGUCUUUGCUCAGGUCAGACUGAGGAAGAAGCUCUACUUCUUGUACAUCCAUAACGUGGACAUUUUGCGGACCAGACUGAACAAAAUUCUGUAUGGAAGACGGAGGACCUACGAUUUAGAAAAAAGGGAAGAACAUCCCCUUGCACUUUUCCUCUUCCAAAAGUUGACAAUUCAUUGGUGUUUCUUAACGAAGUUUUUUAUCCCCCAGAUUUUACUCACCAUCGUUUUGAGCAACGUUCUGUGCAAUGUUCAUUUUUGCUUCAACGGGGGGACCACCGUUGUGGGGCUCCACUCGUCUAAUCAGUACGGACGCUUCUCACAUGAAGAAGCAGCUGUCCAUUCAUACCUACGGACCGCCUCGAAUGGUAAAGAUGAAUCUGCCAAUUUGGAUGCCUUUUCAAGAGGAGCGUCCAUCACGGCGGGGAAAAGCCCCAACGGGGGAGUCACCUUCGAGGAGACAUAUCAAGAUGUACUCACAAACACCGCACCAAAGGGAGGAGCAAACAAUAUGAAGGACAAAAAAUCGGAGAGGUCAUUUAUGGGUUGUUCACACCUCAUCGCUACCAUAGCAGCCAUAUUGGUUAUCCUCUUCAUUUCACUCCUCACCUUUGUAUGUCCAAACAAAAUGAACUACCUGGCGUGUGCCCCCACCAACACCUGGAACAUUAGCGACGUGGACUUUAAGCGAAUGAACCCUGCGAAUUAUGCCUACACAAGACGCAUAUACUUUUUUGAGGAAAUUUUCCCCAUCGAGAGAAUUAUGCCUGCCUAUGUCUGGACGCAUUUAAGCAAACACGUAGAGAAGGCCAACCCAGUUACAUCACUACACCGGGAUGAUCAAACAGACGAAACGAUACAUGACAAGAGCUUUUCUUACUUAAACAAAAAUGAUUUUGAAAAUUAUAUUUUUAAUUUAAUCGAUCGGGGAUCCAAAUUGAGCCACUUUUCAGGCAUAAAAGGGCAGAACUAG